AUGCUCCGUUUGACAAUCAUUUCUCUUGCUCUUCUAGUCUGUGCUGCCAAUGCCAACCUUUUUGGUGGUCUUCUUGAUUCCGAACAGAAAGUUGCGGUUGUUGAGGAAAAGACUCAAAUUAACAAUAAUGAGGCCCAACUGGAAGAAACUGGCAUUGCCGUCAUUGACAAUGACACCCCGAUUGCCGCUGCCAUGGAUGAUAUUGGGUCCGAAGGACAAUCCAAUGGAGUUGUGGUCCGUGCUAAGCGCUACUACGGUUGCGGUUGCUGUGGAUGCGGUGUUACUUGUGCUACAAUGGCUCCAGGCGCCACGAUGGCCCCAUGCGGAUGCGGAUGCUGUGGAUGCGGAUAUGGGUAA